GUUUUUCACAAACUCAUCAAUUCUCUCUUGUAAACAAUUAACUUUCAGGUUUUUGUAAUAAUCGAAAUAUGGCUUUAUCCGGAAAGUUAAUUGGUUAUAUAAAGAUUAGUAAGAAGGGAGAUGUCUUCCAUGAUCUCUUUAGGCACAACCCCAACGAGAUAGCUGUCAUAUCUCCUGACAAGAUUCAUGCCUGUGAACUGGUUGAUGGUGAUCGAGGGACUGUUGGAUCUCUCGUCCAUUGGCACUACAGUCAUGAGGGAAAGAAGAAAAUUGAUAAAGCAGUAAUCGAAGCUGUGAAUGAGGAAAACCAUAUGAUCGUGUUCAAUGUAGUUGGAGGAGAUCUAGUGGAUGAUAAAUUCAAGACUAUGAAAGUCAUACUGCAUACUGAGAAAAAAGGCGAUGCACAGGUGAUUACUUUAACACUUGAGUUUGAGAAGCUUGACACGAGUGUACCCUAUCCAACUUCUUUUAUGGACUGGUUUUGCCAUAUGCUCAAGGAUAUAGAUGCUCAUGGCAAAACUGAGUAGCUCUGCAGCUUCUAAUAAAUGGAUCAAUUAAGAGGGAAAUGGAUGGAAGUUCUGUGUGUUUUUCCUAUUAAUGUUCGAAUAAACUACAUCUUUGAAGGUGAAUAAAGAGAUAGAAAUGAUCAAAUGAUCAGUACUUGUGUAAUUUGUAUACACAAAGUAAUUUGAAGCAAUGUAAUACAUCGUGAUGAAUAAUUGAAUGUGUGUGUAUCGUUA